UUUUUUCAAUCGUAGCCAACUUCAAGUGAAGUAAAUAAUUGUUUGUCAUCCGUCAUCAUCAUUGAACGCGAUUUUGUCAAAAAAAAUAUAUUUUCCAUUCUUUUGUAAAAUCAGAAAUAAUAAUUUUGUUAACAAUAUGCAAUCAAUUAAAGUAGCUCCAUCGCAACCAUCAGUUUUAAAGGCAUCGCCAUCUGUAGCCGGCCCUUCCGAUGCCAAUUGCCUCAUGCAAAUUGCCCACAUUCAUAAACUCAAAGAUUCCGAAUUGAAUUACGACAAACAUCGUCUGGAUUUGUCCAUGCAAAUGUUAAGAAAUCGUGAAGGUUUGAAUGCUCCACUCAAACUUGGAAUGGAAUUGCAUGCAGCUCGUCAAAUUGGUCGUCUGCCAUUCCUUCAAUCGAGCCAUUUAAUGGAAGAUGUUCUUCUUGGACGUGAUGAACUAAUUGAAUUUGGUGAUUUCCUUGGAGUUCCAGAGAAUAGCGAAGUGAUGCGCCAACCUCAUGCUGUUGUCGAGAAAGCUAUGGGAAUUUUGUAAUCAUUUCUUUCGAUGGGGAAAAUGGGAUUUUUUCAUUUAACAAAAAGCAGUUCUUAUGUUUCAAAUUAAAAUGAGGUAAUAAUCGAAAUAAAGGUUUUAUUUUGUUCUUUGAAAA